ACCAGCACUAGGGUUUGUGAGGCCUAAGAUGAUUCGAGUUGUUUCUGACGUUCUGAAGUUCUUCAGCGGAAGUCAAAGCAAACCUUUUGAAAGUUCAGUAGAUUUGGCUUCAACGGACGAAGCUCCACAAGACAAGAAACCUUGCUCGGCAACUCCAUCAGAAAAUAGUCGUACCUUUAUAGGAAAAGUCACAAAGAUUUGCGCGGACUCCGGAAUGAUUGAUGGUUUUGUCUAUUUUGCUACGAACUGCGUGGUCGGUGGAGUUCAAGUGCGUGAGGGAGACGAAGUAAGCGUGUCUGCUUCACGAGGCCAUUUGCAGGCCGCCUGGAGAGCUGACCGCGUGGAACUUGUAGAGAAAAAUGAUUGGCACCGGAAUGAAUGUAAAAACGAAAUUUCAGCAAAUUUGAGAUCAGUGGCUGAAAUUAAUGACGCAGUUGACAUGUGUGUACAGUCUAUUGUGGGAACUGUUACCACGCUUAGUAGAUAUGGUGGUGGAAUGAUAAAUGGUGAUGCUGCAGUGUUCAGUCGUGAUGUUGUGGUGAGAGGGUACAUUCCUUGUGUUGGUGACUGGGUGAAAGCCGAUAUACAAUUUUCUGAUGUCGAGAACCAGUGGAAUGCCACAAGGGUUCAACCUUUGAGAGUUCGGACGUUUGAUGGGAGAAUUCGCUCUCUUUUUAAAUCUCACGGUUUCAUAAAUGAUGACAUCUAUUUUUCUAAGAAAGUCUGUGUUAGUAAGUUUUAUCCAAAAGUUAAUGACUUGGUAAAAGUUACUGCAAUAGAGUGCAGUUAUAAGCAAACGAAUUGGAGAGCUAUCCGAGUCGAACCUUCGGGUGGUCGAAUGGCUGAUCAUCGAAUUGGUUGUCGGCGGCCAUAUUCUGGAAUGUCAGUAGGAGGUCAUGAUGAUAGUAAAUAUGGUGUGUCGGUGACGGGGAUGUUAGAUGCUGGUGAGAUAUUUAUUGGUCAAACAACAAGUGUUCGAUCUCUAGUGAGGAAUGAAAGUCAUGAAAACAUUACAAUGCUGUUGUGCAAAAGUGUACAGGAUGGUUGCAGUGUGUUAGUAUUUACUCCUUGUUCUUUGAAAGAGCCAACUUGUGAAGCUGCUGUUGUUGCUGCUGCUGGACUUUCAUCAUUUGAAACUGAACAUUCUGCAAAGGUGACACAGUUUCCAGUGGAUCUUGUGCCAGGUCAUGAGUGUAUUGUGGAGAUGACUAUAUUUGGCAGUGAUGUAGGUUAUGCUGAACACAAGAUGGAGUUCAUAUUUGCAAAGUUUGUGAUAACUCGAACACUGUCUGUUACUGUAUGUGACCCUCUUGAGGCAGCUGUUACUCCUUCCAUACCGUACAAGCGGAGUUGUCAUGCUUAUCAUUAUGAGGAUAACUCUGUGAGCAGUUUAUCAGAUGGUUUGCCAUGGCAUGUCCCUGGCAGAAGACCUAUUCGAACUAAACCGAGAUCGUUUCCCAACAAACUUCCAGAAUAUCCAGUUUCUGCAAGGCUUAGGGCAUGUGUUAUUGAUCAAGAAAACAUUGUGGAUGUGUGUCCAAGCAUUGGAAGGGCAUUAACGAUGGAUUCAUACAGCCAACGGUUUUCUUCACUAUUACAUAUUGAGGAGGUGCAGAUAGAGAUCAACAUGGGAGAGUUUGAUAUGGCAGAGGUGACCAUGGAAAAACAAGGAUCUUACUUUCAGCUACCAGUUCCUGGCUUGGCAGAAGGAAGGCCAUCAUUACUAGUGGGGGAUAAAGUGAUUGCAACUGUUCCAGGUAAAGGACACAGCGAACCGAGCUAUGAAGGAUAUAUUCAUGAGGUAUAUGGAGAGAGUAUCUUGUUGCAGUUUUCUGAAGAUUUUCAUCGGAAUUUCCAGAAUGAGGAUUAUGAUAUUUUAUUUACUUUUAACAGGACUCCAUUGAGACGGUGCUUGCAGGCAGUUGAGUUUGCCAAAAACUUGAGUGCCAAAGUUCUGUUUCCUGGUAAAAUAUCUCCAAUGUCUCCCAUUGCAAGUGUGCCUAUGAAAGGAACUGGCAGGAAGGAAAAAACAAGAAAAUGUGGAUUCUUUAAUUUAUCAUUAAAUGAAAGGCAAAAAGAAGCUGUUCAGCACAUAGUUUCUGGUCGAGGUCGACCUGCUCCUUACAUUCUUUUUGGACCACCUGGAACUGGAAAAACUGUUACCUUGGUAGAAGGAAUUUUGCAGGUUCUGCAUUGCAUUCCCAGCAGUAGAGUUAUUGCUUGCACACCAUCCAACAGUGCAGCAGACCUCAUUGCUGAACGUUUGCAUCUUAGUGGUGUCAUCGGACAAGGAGAUAUGGCAAGACUUAAUGCCUACCAAAGACAGAAAGAUCCUCCUGACUGCAUUCUACCUUACUGUCACACACCAGAUGAUCUGGAUCUUGUAUCACGAUAUCGUGUAGUCGUAUCGACGUGCGUUACUGCUGGAACGCUUUACUGUUUAGGACUGAACGUUGGUCAUUUUACGCAUGUGUUUGUGGAUGAGGCUGGUCAAGCUACAGAACCAGAGAGUUUGAUUGCAGUCAACUUUGCUGCAGGAUCAGACAGCCAAAUUAUUUUGACUGGUGAUCCUUUCCAGCUUGGUGCUGUAGUACAGUCAGCUGUUGCUAAAACACACGGGCUUGACGUUUCUCUUCUUGAGCGACUCACCAACAGGUUAUGCUAUCAACGAGAUGAACGUCAGUACGCAAUUUCUGGCAACUAUAACCCUUUAUGUGUCACAAAGUUAAUCAACAACUACAGAUCUCAUCCUGCAUUGCUGGUGUUGCCUUCUGAUACGUUUUAUGACGGAGAGCUAGUACCGUUUGCUGAUCGAAAGAUAACACAUUUUUUGUGUGGUUGGGAGCAUCUUCCUAACAAGAACAACUUUCCUAUUCUUUUUCAUGGCAUCAGGGGGAAAGAUGUUCGAGAAGGCAGUAGCCCAUCGUGGUUUAAUCCUGUUGAAGCUGUGCAGGUUACCAAGUAUGUCCAGGCGCUGUUGAGUGGCAGCUAUGGUGUUCAAGGACAUCACAUUGGUGUCAUUACACCUUACAGAAAACAGGUUGAGAAGAUAAGGCUGUUAUUGAACAGGUUGGGUGUCGAUGGAAUUAAGGUUGGCUCAGUGGAAGAAUUUCAGGGACAAGAGAGGCGGGUCAUUAUUUUGUCAACGGUUCGUUCUAGUUCAUCGCAAGUUGGUUUUGAUGUUCGUCAUUGCUUGGGUUUUUUGAGCAAUCCGAAACGCUUCAAUGUGGCUAUUACAAGGGCUCAAGCUCUUCUACUGGUUGUGGGUGAUCCCUUUGUUCUUACCACAGAUCGUCUGUGGUGGAGUUUCGUUCGUUAUUGUUAUGAUCACAACGCUUACAUUGGCGUUGAUAUUGGCAACUUAAAUUUGAAUAACUUUGAGGAGGACGAAAUUUGUGACGGUACUGUUGAUGGAAGUGCGGCAGACAAAGAGUCAGAUGCAAAUUGAGACAACACGUGAGACGAAAUGAAGGUGCUUUGGCAUUCACUGCUACAAGAAGUGGCCGUUUUCCAACUGCUUGUUAGAGUCGUUUAUUUAA